AGGAAUGUAGAUUCUCAUCCUGGAGAAGACAUCACUUCUGUGACACUUGAUUUAGUCCACUGAAAAUGAAGCAAGAUUCUACCAGAAACAGUGCUUACACUGUAGACUGUGAAGAUUAUGUACACGUGGUGAAAUUCAACCCAUUUGAUAGUGGAGAUGCAUGUUCCCUCAUAGCUUAUGGUGGCAAUAAUUAUGUCGUCGUCGGGACCUGCAGAUUUCAGGAGGAGGAUGCAGAGGUGGAAGGCAUGCAAUAUAAGACACUCAAAACCUUUCACCAUGGAAUCCGAGUCGAUGCCAUAGCGUGGAGUCCUGAAACUAGACUUGAUGCUAUUCCUCCCCAGAUAAGGUUUUGCACUGCAGCUUCUGAUAGGAAGUUAAGGCUAUUUACUUCAGACCUGCAGGACAAGAAUGAAUUCAAGACUUUUGAUGGCCACUCAGAUUACAUUAAUGACCUGGUGUUUGCUCCCAGUGAAGGUCAGGAAGUUGCAAGUGUAAGUGAUGAUCACACCUGCAGGGUCUGGGAUUUGGAAGGCAAUGAGAAGGCCCAUUUUGUCCUGCGCUCUCCUGGAAUGAGUGUUUGUUGGCAUCCUGAGGAGGCUUUUAAGCUGAUGGUAGCAGAGAAGAACGGUACGAUCCGAUUCUAUGAUCUGAUCACACAGCAGGCCAUUCUGUCCCUGGAGUGUGAACAGACACCGCUCAUGUCAGCAGACUGGUGUUUGAAAAAUACCCUUAAAAUUGGGGCAGUUGCUGGGAGUGAUUGGCUGAUCUGGGAUAUCACUCGCUCCAGUUACCCACAGGAUAAGAGUCCCGUCCAUGUCGAUCGAGCCAGAUUAUUCAGGUGGUCCCGAGUGAACGAAAAUCUGUUUGCCACCACUGGAUAUCCAGGAAAGACAACUACUCAACUGCUUGUUCAUCAUUUAGGACAUCCCCAGCCCAUUCUUACAGGCACUGCAGCUGUAGGAUCUGGGCUGACAUGGCACAGAACUCUCCCAUUAUGUGCAGUCGGAGGGGAUCAUAAAAUUUUCUUCUGGGUGACUGAAAUGUAAAAUAAGUAUUUGCCUUCAGUACAAAAUGUUACAGCAGAAUGCCUGUUUUC